GCAAAAAGACGGCAGAAGAAAAUGUUCUUGACAGAUGAUUAGACUGGGGAAGUAAAGAAAUAAAAGUACACCUAGUAUGUUGUUUACUUCAAAACUAGAUAUGAAUCGAACCACGUAGCAUAAUUUAUUGUUGAACAUGUGACGUUUCUGCACUUAAAGACUAAACUAAAACAUAUUUCUUAUUUACUGAUGCAUAUAUUAUUCUCAAUACAAAAAUUAUAAUGAGUUACCGUGCUUUUGUGGCAGUUUUUUGGAUUAUAAUGUUUGGAUUAUUUAUAACUCAUAAUAGAAAGAUUUCAUGUAUGAGUGCAGAAGAAAAAGAUCAAUUUAAGGAACAAGCUAAAGAAAUGUUUUAUCAUGCCUACCAAGCUUACAUGGACCAUGCUUAUCCAGCUGAUGAACUAAUGCCUUUAAGUUGUAAAGGAAGGUAUCGUGAUAUUGAGCCUAAUAGAGGAGAUGUAGAUGAUGCUCUUGGAAACUUUUCUCUAACAUUGGUAGACACAUUAGAUACUUUAGUGGUGCUAGGAGAUUUUGAUGAAUUUGAGGUUGCUGUGAAAAAGGUUAUCAAAGAUGUUUCGUUUGAUAAUGAUGUUGUGGUUUCUGUGUUUGAGACAAAUAUUCGUAUGUUAGGGGGGUUGCUUAGUGGACAUAUUCUUGCUGCAUAUCUCCAAGAGCAUUUCAAAAGGAUGCAUUGGUAUCGAGGAGAGCUGUUAAAUAUGGCUCGAGAUUUGGGCUACCGUCUCAUUCCUGCUUUUAACACAACUACUGGAGUGCCUCACCCUAGAAUCAACCUUAGGUAUGGUUUGAAAUCACCCAAACUUGGAGUUGUAAGAGAAACAUGUACAGCAUGUGCUGGUACAAUGAUUUUGGAGUUUGCUGCUUUGAGUCGACUGACUGGAGAACCUAUAUUUGAAGAAAAGGCUAGAGCUGCUAUGGAUUACCUUUGGCAGCAGAGGCAUCGAACGAGUGAUCUGAUGGGAACUGUACUGAAUAUACAUAAUGGAGAUUGGAUACGUAGAGAUAGUGGUGUUGGUGCUGGAAUCGAUUCAUAUUAUGAAUAUUGUCUGAAAGCUUACAUCCUUUUGGGUGAUGAUGUAUACUUGGAACGAUUUAAUAAGCAUUACUCAGCUGUUAUGAAGUAUAUUAGCCAAGGACCUUUGCUUGUAGAUGUGCACAUGCAUCGGCCUCAUACAAAUUCUAGGAAUUUUAUGGAUUCAUUACUAGCAUUUUGGCCUGGUCUGCAGGUUCUUAAAGGAGAUAUUAAACCAGCUAUAGAAACUCAUGAAAUGCUUUACCAAGUUAUGCAGAGACAUAAUUUUCUACCUGAGGCUUUUACUGUGGAUUUUCAAGUGCAUUGGGGGCAACAUCCACUUCGACCUGAAUUUGUGGAAAGCACAUAUUUUUUAUAUAAGGCUACAAAUGAUCCAUAUUACUUAGAAGUGGGGAGAAAAGUUUUGGAUAGUUUACAAAAAUAUGCUAGAGUGCCAUGUGGCUUUGCAGCUGUUAAAGAUGUCAGGACUGGUAGUCAUGAAGAUAGAAUGGAUUCUUUUGUACUGGCUGAAACAUUAAAAUACCUCUACCUUCUAUUUGCCAAUAAAGAUGAACUCACCCUUGAAGUGGAUGAUUUUGUAUUUACCACUGAAGCACAUCUAUUACCUCUUAGCUUGGCAAGAAUCAAUAAUUCUAGUCUAGUUGAAUCUCAGAAGUUGCCUAGCCUCGAGGAGAGUACGAUAGAAGACUUCACGCACAGCUGCCCUAACACCAAUUACUUGUUUCCAGAAGGUCGAAACUUUGCUCAAACCAUUCGUAUUCCUCUGAAAAACCUUGUGGAAGAAGUUUGUCCAUCUAAUAAGUCUCCUAUGCGGACACUUCAUGCAUCUGAGUUCCAAGGUACUAACAAAGACCACCUUGAAGCUGUGAAAAAAAUGGGUAUAACUGUGAUAAAAUUACCAGAUGGUAGGAUUCAGAUGAUACAUAAUGUGUCUAUGGCUGAAUCUCCUGAACGAGCACAAGAAGGCAUAAUGUUUAUGCAAGAAUUGGUUGAACAAUCUAGAGCACCAAAUUAUAUGGACGAUUUUCCUUCUGCAGAGGAAUAUCAGACCGUUUUUUACUAUACUCGUGAUACGAAAAACAGAAAAUUACUUCAAGCCUGCCCUGCUAAAUUUGGAUUGGAUGUUCGUGGUAAACCUCCUAUUGAAUCUAAAUUAGCUAUAGCUGAGCCUUUGAAAGCUUGUUCUCCAAUUGAGAAUAGAAUCGAAGUGAGAGGAAAGAUUGCUAUUAUUAAAAGGGGGAGUUGCAUGUUUAUUGAAAAGGCUCGCAACGUACAAAAUGCAGGUGCUGUUGCUGCUAUUGUGAUAGAUAAUGUCCCAUCAACGAGCACAAGAAGAACAAAAAUGUUCUCAAUGGAUGGCCAUGGCAAAGACGAUGUGACCAUCCCUGUGGUGUUUUUAUUUACAGAAGAAGCCAAUAUUCUCAUGAGAGCUCACAGAGAGAAGCCGGAUAUGAUAGUUGGCAUAACAGAUGGAUCUAUUAUGUCAGAUACUUAUGAGGAGCCUCCAGUUCUUCAAAAUUCUGUGAGUGAAGAUGAGGCCCUAAAGCUGUCAACAGAAGUGGAGUUUGUUGAUUCCACUCCCUCUCCAAAGUCACUUGAGCCUGAUGAAUUUAUUACAGCAAAGAAACCAGAAUCAUUUGAUGAGGAUGGUUCCAUUUCUGCUCAGAAACGAGUGCAAAUAUUGCUCAGCAAAUUGCAGAAUCUCCAACAGAUCAAGUCUGACCUGGAUCAUAUACUGUCUCAAUCAAAAGAAACAAGCGGUGAACAUAAAAACAUUGUGAAGCAACCAAAAAAGCAGCCAAAGCCAAGAAAAGAAGGGUUAAAACAUGGAAAAGGGUCAUAUCAAGAGAUUGCCGGUGAUGAAGAUUUCGCUGAUGCUCUCGAAAGGCUCAUGAAAAAAGAAAAAAUUUUAGAAAUUGAUCAGGAUGUGCAAGUGAUCCUUUCGAGUCUACGAGAGUUGGUGCAAAUACAAACAUCUGCUUUAAACAAGAAACUGUGCUUUGAAAACAGUAGUGUCAAUCCAUUGCACAACAAAGAAGCAUUUAUUCAAUUCAUAACAACCAAAAAAACUGAUUCAUCUGUCAAUAACAUUAAGUCUGCCUGUUCAGAUCCUAAAUUAGACGUGGCACGCAUGGGAGAAAAUAUUAAUGGUCAACAUAUAUCAUAUACAGCCAGAACUGAAAUAUCAUUUUCUACAUUGAAGAAUGGAGAUUUAUGACAACUGUAAUAGGAUAUAACUUUUUAAAAAAAUUAUUCUUUGAGGAUAUCAAAAUAGAUGUUAUGGCAAUAUUUUAAUUGUUGGUAUAAGAAUACUUCAUUAAGUAUAGAACUAAAUUUUAUGUUAUUUUUUUGACAAGGAAGUUCCAGUUAUAUUGUAAGAACUACAGAAAAUAUGAAAGAUCAGGAUUAUUUCAAAAGUACAUUAAAAUGUACAUUAUAAUUAAGAAAUUUCUCUUGUAACAAAUAAUUUAGAGUAAGAAACCAUAAGAGUUUCAGCACUUCCCUAUCCAACUUGUAUGCACAGUCAUUUCUGAGAAAAUGUUUCAGAAGGCAUUGAGUUGAUUUUUUCAAUAUGCAAUCCAAAUACCAAGUAUUGGUAAAUUUGGCUGUCCUGGCAUUUUUCUGCAUGAAUUAGUUUUCAUGUAAUGUUUGAAAAUUUAAAUUCGUUUUCAACAAAGGUCCCCCCUCCCUAAAAAAAAAAAAAAAAAAAAAAAUAGUGAGAAAAAAUAUUUUUAUUUCUUUUUAAAUGCUUAUAUUAUAUAAGAGAAAAGUAUUAGUGCUAUGAAAAGAACAGCUUUCCUACAAAAAUAUUUGUAUUUUGCUAUAAAAUUUUAUCUUUAUUUUAUUGAAGUGGGUUUUAACUUAUAUGCUUUUCUUGCAUACUCACUUCUAUGCAUUCUUCCGAAUUUUAAUUUUAAGUUAUAAUGCUCAAUUUAAUCAUCAUAACUUAUUAUAGAGCAUUUAAUGUAUUUAUAACUUUUUUAAAGUUGGGAAUGAUAUUUUGAAUUUCAAAGCAUAUAGAUGUUUACAUAAAAUUGCAAUAAAUUUUUUUUUUCUGAAUUUUAUUUGGAUAUUCUUUUAAUAUAAAAGUAUUUGAUAAUUUUUAUCACAAAAAAAAUUCAAAGGAACUUUCAUUCAAAUAUCAAAAUAUUUAUUUAAAAUGUAUAAUGUCUGAUUUAAAAUUUUAGCUAGAGAUUUGCUAUAUAAAAAUUUCUAAUCAUGGAAAUAAAAUUAAUUUCCAAUUUUAUAUUUGCCUGUAUUUCCAUUUUUAAAAUAAACAGCAUUAUUUCAAAGCUAGAUUUAACUGCUUUGAUAUCAUCUUAGCUUUAAACUCAGUUUGAUUUUGUAGUAAGCCUAUGCUAUCAAAGAAUAUCAUUAAGUGCAAUAACAAAGCAUUCUUAUGCCAUUUAUAAAAAUCCUCUUAAAUUUUAGUGAUGGUUGAUGGGCCAGUAUUACUGUAUUGCAAUUGAAGUCAACUAGUACUAAUUUAUUUUUAAACUAACAUUAAAAAAAAAAUUUUUUUUUUUCCUUUUUCUUAAAUAUUUUAUAACCGUAAGUUAAAAAAAUAUAUUUGUCAUAACAUCUAUAAUUGAUCACCUCACCUAUUUAGGUUUUCUAGUUUCAUUCCCUCCAUCUUUCAGACUUUCUCCGAUUUAAUUUAUUUUUAAGAUUAUAAAAUCUAAUGCUGAUUUUUAUCGGCAUUUUUUCAGACUUAGUUUUAUAAAGCUAAGUAGAUCUAUUUAAGGAAUUUUUACUCUAGAGUUCCAUUUGUAAAUAGAGAUCUAAGUCCUUAUGAAACUGAGUUAUCAUUAAUAUGAUAUUAUUUUUAAAAAGUUUUUAUUAUUUAUGAAAGCAAGAGAAUAUAAAAAUUUUGUGUUGUGUUUGAAAUUAAAAUUCUUCCCUGAAAUAUAUAUUUAAAUGCUUGGUUAUGUGAUAUUGGUAUCCGAAGUUGAUAUAUUGUGCUCAAAUAUCAUUUCUUAUAAUGUGAUAGUAGAUUUGACAGUUAUGAGUUGCAUGCUGUCGUGCAAAUUAUUUACUAUUAACACCAAAUUUGAAAAAUUUAUUUUAACAUAGAUAUUGCAUUACAAUUUGUAUUCUUAUUUAUUGAUCGGCGUAAAGCAAUAUUAUGAUCAAUUAUCCCAUUCUCAUUUAUUCUAUCUCGAUUCUUUUUCAAUGAUUUAUUUACAUCAGGACUUCUUGUAGUAUACUAGAUCAUGAUUGAAAGUGGAAUCCCACAAAAAAAUAUGAUUGUCUGCAUUUUCUAUCCAAAUAAUUUGCAUAAAUAGGGUUACGAACAUCGGAAGAAAAAGUUUAGAAUCCCUUAUCAGUUUAUUAUGGGGUCAAAAACUGCAUUAUAUUUAAGUGAUAAGGAUUACUCCUACAAAAUAUUGGUUGGCGCUGUAAUAAUGGAUUUCAUGCUGUAAUAUGAAAAAAAAAAAAAAUUGAUAUUGAAUACAAAUAAAGAUUAUGUUGGUGAAAA